AUGUUGUGGCAGAUACUAAUUGGACAUAGCCUCAAAAGAGGGGCCAUGAGACUAAAGGAAUUAGGUAUUCUCUCUUGUGACCCCCUUGUCACAUUACUUGAAGCCCGUGCUAAGAUUCACGCCGUGGUUCGAAAUCCCCUGACAACAUCAGCACGGGAGUUGGAAGGAAAAGGGGUUAAAAUAUUCCAAGGAACCCACGAGAGCUUCGAUACUUUCUUAGAAGCGGCGAAAGGGUGCAAUGGCCUUUCCCUAAACUUGAUUCCCUUCGCCGAAAACCGACAGGCGAUGCCGCGGCAAGCACGUGGGAUUAUUCAAGCUUGUAAAGAUGCUAAAGUCGAGAUCAUCGUUGUUUCUACGGCAUUCUUUACCAGGGAUAGAAGCAAAUGGGAUAGGAGUGGAAACGGUUAUGAUGACCCAAGUCCGCGCGCCUAUUUCGAAGCUAAAGCGGAAGUCGAGGACAUGGUUCGAAAUUCUGGGUUGCAAUACACCAUCCUCCGACCGGCUUGGAUUCAUUCCAACUAUCUACUACCAAACAGUCGUUUUUACUAUCCUGGGUUGGCUACAGAUAACGAGCUUGUACAUUCUUAUGAUGACAGAGUCAAGAUAUCACAUAUCUCUUUGGUCGGAAUAAGACUACAGUCUCCACAAAACCGGGCUGAGAUCACGAGGGUUGUUGGCAGAAACUUGGAGCUUAAGAAGCGCACUCCGCAAGAGGUCGAAACCGCGAGAGCCACGGUUCCAAUACAGAUAUUCCAACUUUGGGCAAGUCAUGUCGAUCUAAGCAUAGAUGGGCAAUCUCUUCAGGCAAGAUUCGGGAUUCCCAUGACUACUUCCGAUAAAUACCUGCAAAGAGAGAAAGAGAGAAAGUUAAUAUCUUUCCCUAAAAGUGAUAGCUGAGCAGAAAAGCCUAACUCUGCUGAAGACUUGAAUAUCAAGGGUAGUGACUCCUUCGCAAUCUCCUCAAUGUAUAUAUUUGACAGGUAAAUUGUAUUGGUCAAGGAUUUGAUGGUGUAAUUGCUAUUACUCGUGUAACAUGGUGGAGUAGACUCGGUAUAA